CCUGAGUUUAAUUAAUUUUUACACUUAAUUGAUUAUCCUAUGGGAAGAAAGAUAGAAGAAUUAUCAGGGAAACCCAUACAAUUUACAUCAAAAUCUAAACCACUUGUUCUCUUUUCUUUUCGUGAUGACGACAAGUCCCUUAUCCACAGCCUGUUCAAUCAAGUACUCAUUCGAGCUCAUGCUUUCUAACACCUUCUUCAAUCAAACACAACACCAUAUCGAUUGUUUUGCUGUUGUAGAGCAUCACUGAGAAUCCAGCCUUCAAGUCUCCAUCUCGAUCUCAAAUCGGUCCAUUAAUUCACAUAAAUCAACAUCAGCAAAACCAUUAAUUUGAUUCUUCCAGUGAUGUAUUCGAUAAAAGAAGCCAUGAAAAAAAAAACAGAGGAAGAAUAAGGAAAGAAAUAAUUUAAGAAAAUAUGGAUGUGAGGGAAAUUUUGACGUAAAAAUGGGUGCGAGCGUGACUUUCUGUAGGCGUGGGUUUAUCAGUGAAAAAAACCAAAAAAUGGGUGGCACCCUAAGUUUCACUUUGACAAUUUGUUCAUUCUCUUACUGAUUCCCGCGAAACAGGUACAUUGGACGCUCUUCUCAGUUUUCUCUUUAUAAGACCCAACUGGUGGUUCGAACUCACGACAUCUGUCUCAAUUUCACACCAAAGGGGUAUUUGGUCAAUUCAAAUAGAAUAUCAAUAUUAUAAAAUCUCACAUUCUCAGUCUGGUAAUCUCUUCGGAAAUCCGACACUUGCAUCAUCAUCAUCUCCUUCUCUCGCACUCAUCACUCACAUAUAUUUUGAAGACCAAAUGAAGAUGCCGUGAAGUUUUUCUUGACUUCUGAGCUUACUGCAAGCAGUAAAACAACCAUUUUUCUGGAGAUAAACCACCUGAAUCGUUGGUGUUGGAAGCUAGGUUUCAUGGAGGGGAGUGAGAAUCUAUUAAAGGCCAUCUAUGAAGAUGAAAGUCUAGAAGAUUAUCAAGAUGAUGACAUGCUUGAUUCAGAGACUUUAGAAGAAGGGGAGUGUAGAAUACAAAUUGGAAGUUUGCAAUUGACUGAAACUAGUAAGUCUGAGGAUGGAGAGUGCACGGGGAAGAUUGGAGACUUAGGAUUGACAGAAAUGGGAACCAGGGGUGACGUUUCAGUAAACCAACCAUCUAAUAGCAAAAUCCGCAAGCGCCAGGCGAAGAAGAAGAAGAAUAAAAACAAGAAGACUGGUCCUGCCCCAGCUAUCAACAACAUGAAUAAGUUCGUUAUUGAUACUUGUAAACGCUUGAAGGAGAGAAAACCUUAUCUGGUUUGGAAUGCUGUGGGUAUUCUUGGUGUCUCUGCUCUGGGCGAUCUUGUAAAUGAGGUUGAUGCAAUUCAGGCAUGUGGAGGACAGAUGACUGCUGAUGGAAAGCGUCAUCGCAAUGGUGGUGGCAUAUUAUGGGGGAUUCUGAAGAAACGUGACCCUAAUGCUUACAAAGAGAUAAUGGCCAAGGGCAGGGAAAUUGAGAGGCAAUUCAAACAACAAGCGCCGAAAGAAUUAAACCCUGUUAACCACGCAUUAGAUGGCUCUGCUCUUGCACCUCCUCUAAACAGCAGAACAAGACCUUCCAAUAUAAAAGGAGAACGUAUUUCGGUUAUGAAUAGGAUUCGGGUACCUGUAACUUAUGAUGACUUGCUUGUAGAUGAAGUGGAGAGCCAUGAGUGAACUUGAUGAUAUAUUUUUUCUAAACCUUGUGUAAAGAAUGCAAUCUAAAUUUUCUUCCUUGGGAAUUUUUUAUAUUUUCCUCUGGGAAAAUUAUGUUUCUCUAAUAGAAGUGAAAACAAUUGAGUCUCUCUA